UUGUGUACCUAUGACUGUAUACUUCCCCUUUGGAAUAGCAGGAUACGAUUCUUACCUAGGUACACUUAUAGUGAAUGUUCUUCACUGGUGGAAUGUUCACUGUGAUAUUUCAAAAUUGGACUGGCAGAGUUGUGUUGAAAAAGGAUAUACGUUCACACACCUCCGCUUCGGAUCACCCAGUUGAUUAAAGACCUGGAAAUAAUGACGUACACAAUGCAGAAUCGCCGAUCACGUGACUGGUUCAGAGAAGAACCCACAGUUGCAAGUGUAGGGCGUGGAGCCCAUAGAUUUCCAAACCCAGAACAUGUUUGACUGACGCUGUUGUCAGCCAUGAGCGAUGAGAGGUUUUCUUUGUACAGCGAAAAGGCGAAACAUCAGCAACUACAGGCCCAUACAAAAAGCGGCGAUCAGACGAGGAACUGCAUGAGACAGACUUUUGAAACAGUGGAACGAACAGAGGAAGAAGCCUUAGAUUUCUCUAUCCGGUCGUCACACUGUGAGCGAAAAGUUUACUCCUGGCACGUUCCGUCCACUCAGCCCUGGACAUCGGCCGAACUGUCCAGUAGUUCCGUCGGACGUGCAAAACAACGGGAGUCUGGACAAGGGGAGACAGUGUCCACCCUGAUAGAAAGAACAAAGUCUAGCGCUUGCGAGAGUGGUGUUAGUAAUGGUCAUUCGCGUUGUUUGGAUUUACAUUCUAAGUCAGUUGGGAGUGGAAAAACAAUUGCUUAUCGAGAAGGGAGUCUUCGCAAUGGUCCGUCUCUCUCUUUUCAAGAAUCGUUGGCGUCCAUAAACCACACUGGUCUUCUUUACGGAAAUACGUCUGAGGGUGGAAGUAAAACAUUCAACGGUGAAAAACCGUUCCUAUCUGUCCCCGAACUUAAACUUGAUCCAGCCGUUUCUGGUUGCGCUAUCGGGACGGACCUAUCUGUAAAAGGUAAAAGCAAUAAACUCGUGACAGAUAGCCAAAGUGGGUUAGUCGUACACUGCAAAGAGAAAGAAAAGGUCAGAAAUAACGAACAUGCGUCAAACGCCGCUGAUUCUAAACUGGAAUUGAAAGCUCGUCCAAUUUCUCUAUCCACUGAUAUGGAGAAGGGCAAAGCAGAGAACUUGUAUACAGCUGGAUACAAAAAUCGGGAAUCGAGGAAAGUUCCGAGAGAAUCACAAGUGGAGGAAGGUGCAUCAGCUAAAAGUAGGCACAAUUGCCAUGUGAAAAAGAAUAGUUCAUCUGAUAAACAUGCUGGACUGUUUAAAAGGUCUUGUGAUUCAGGAGAGGUGAGGAACUGUCAGAAAAACGUCUCUGGGUGUGGCCAUGACCGUGGAAGUUUGUCUGGAGGGAACCCCUCAAUUUUCCAAUCUACACCUGCGACGUUUAUCACCAAAGACAACUGUUCUUUGGAGAAAAGCAAAACGUCAGGGAAAUCCAAACCUUUAAUUAAAGAAAAAUCAGCAAACAUUGAAGUCGUUCUGGAUUCUUCAAUCAUUAAUGACACUGAAUCAAAGAAGGGUUCUAGUGGUAGUCAUUUUGGUGGAUCUACGCUAGCUAAGUAUGGCGGCUCUGCGGAAGGGAAAACUCUCAAAGUCCCAGACUCUUACGACCAGAUCGAGAGUUGUGAGACGCGGGGCCUCAAGCUGACGUUCAGGAGAAGAUCUUCAGAGACGUCCCAACUACAGCACACCUCUUCCAUCUCCACUACCUCUUCCUCCACCUCUAGCCUCCCCACCAACACUAGAUUGCCGGAGCCACAGUCAGCAGCAUCUCAGGACAACACCAUUUCGUCCAACUCACACGGUGGAGGCGAGAAGUCUUCAAAGAUGCGUCAGGAUAUCCCGAAAUUGUUGGUUCAGAAAGACAAGAAAUCGAUGGCGUACAGUUUGCAGAAUAGACGCUACGACCACCAACAGCACCUCGGGCCUGCCAAAUUUCGCAAGAACGCCACUGUUAAGGAGACGGCGGAGGACACCCCUUCCUAUACCAUCGGCGACAGGCCCGGACCUUUAUCGUUGAGUGCCGUGGCGUGUGACGCAAGGUGUGAAACUGAGGCCAAGGUACACGAGUCUAAGAUAAUCGGCGUGAACCUCAGUGAUAGCAUGAACCGAAGCAGUGAGAAAACGUGCACCUGCCAAGGGCGUUCUAACUGUCAAACCACUGAACAGGAAAGUCAAGUAAUAAAAUCUUCAUCUUCAUCGUCUUCGUUUUCUCGUUUUUCUUCAAAGUUGGAAAAUAAUUCUAAGUGCCCUUAUCCUUCUGGACGCCUUGCGGAUUGUAACAUUGCUGUUAUUUCUGAGACGUGUGAUAGCAGCGCUGACCCAGUUGACCCGAGUGCACCUGUUUGUCGCCGCGUGUGGUGCGAAGGUAGCGCACAAGCUAGCGGUACAUGUCGAGUCACUGAGUCAAGUCGUGCUGUCUUUACCACAGUGGGAUCUGUGUACUCUGUCAGCAAGGAUUGUUUCUCUGUUCAUGGGACCGUCGACGAAACUGAAAAACUUGCUGCCAUGAACACAGAGGUGGCGAAGACGAGGGACCGAGAAGGUGACGGAGGAGGAGUAGGAGGAGAAGGAGGAAGAGAAAGAGAGGGAGGAGGAGGAGGAGGAGGAGGAGAAGGAGGAGGAGGGGGAGGAAUAGCAGAGGAUGAAGCGAUAGAAACGAAGGACAUUUCCGACAACGGACACAAUGCAACAACAACAACAGCAGCAGCAACAACAGCAGCAGCAGCAACAGCAAAAACAACAGCGACAUGUCGCCGUUUAGCGAGUCUCGGUGUGACGUCAGAGAUGUCAAACGGGUUGCGUCGUGCAAGCAGCUCCCCUUCCUUAACCUCUCACACGACGAUCAUCUCUUCAGUGUCAAGUAAGAACCUCAGCCAUGACGAUAACUGUAACUCCAGCAGUGGACGAACACCUCUGAGCGAUGACCACGCUGAAGUCACGCACGACAAUGAUCAACAAAUAUUUGUCACAAGUACCAACGAAUCUGCCAGCAUCACCACCACAAUCACCGCCGCCAGCGGAGGUUUCGACCAUCGGCCUGUGAGACCUAAAUCCUCCCCACCCAUCUGUGGUCGAGAUGUAGCGCAUCCACCCUCGGCAGAUGAGGACUCAAGCUCCAACACCAGGAUGCCGGUGGUGUUGUUAGACCGCCUGCCCUCUCCUGUGGUGGAGCUGUACUCCAUACUCGGAGACGCCAGAAGUCCCAGGUCCAGGUCUCACUCCGAUUUCUCGGACGAGUUGUCUUCCCUUGAAAUGGAGGAAGGAAAUAGCUCUCGUGUCGGUGUCAGGAGGAGGUCGAAGAAAGACAGAAAGGCGGGUCAAAGGUCAUGGCCGACUAAAAGUUUCAGUAACAACGACGAAGACCAAGACACUUACCAAAACAACCUUACUGACUCCGAUUCUGACUCGCCGAAAAAGACUUCAGGAAAACUCAGAUUUACUUACAAGAAAGUCUCAUCUAAGAGGAAGAAGUACAGGAUUAAAUCAGACACCUCUUCGGCAUCAGCAUCUUUUUCGUCCGGCAUGUCUGAAGACGAUGAAAUUGUUGAUAACGAUGAGGAUGAUAUUGAUGAUGAUAAUGACGCUGCUGCUGGGGACGAAAAGCGGAAACAGAUCUCCAAAGAAAGCAAAUACUCGUUACGAUUCCGGUUAAAGAAAAGAGGGUGUCCGGGAUAUACCCGACGUCCGAAAUACUCGAGGAAUUCCAAACAACGACGAAUUCGUGAUUCGGAAAAAGGGGACAACGUUAUUGAUCCGGAUAAUGAAACCAAUGACUCUGAAGAGUGUAUAGAUUCACAUGUGGUAAACGCUGAGGAUGUUCAAAGCGAGGGAGAUAGUGAUUCAAAAACAGGACUUGAAAUGACAGAACGUCAAAGCGGAAAAAAUGGUGAUGAAGGGUCGCUAGUGGAUCCUAGAAUAAUGGCUAUGUCUGCAGCACUGAAACAAGCUUGCCGAGGAAACAGAAACGGUCAAGAAAUCGCCUUCACGGCAAAGAAUAGAGGCAAAAACAACAGAGGACGCCCGAAGUCUAAACCAGGCCGGAGGUUCCUCAAGUCUAGCUCGUCCCCGUCCUCUACUGUCAGUGGCAAACGCCACGUAUGUGUAGCGCCAUCUAGGCGGUUAUCCCAACCAGGAAGCGCCACCAAGAAUACCGGAAGCCUAGCUAGAAAGCAUAGCAAAGUUAAAAAUCCAUCCCAGAAUAACCGUGCUGUAUCCAAAAAAGAAGCACAGUUUUCAGACGGAGAAGAAAUGACACCCUGUGGUCGUCAGCGAGUAGAUUGCUUUUCAGACAGGCCGGAAACGAGCAGGAAAACAUUCAAAAACACUUUCCGCACUUCUUCUAAGCGGAUUAAUCGUCGGCGAAAUUAUCAUUCCGUUCUUUAUUCAGAAGAAAGUGAACAUGAAGUGCAACGAAACCAGAACCAAAAGCCCAAUGGCGUCGAUUCGUCACCCUCUCAAUCUAUCGAAGAUAACGAUGGGACUAUUCCAGAAGGGUCUAAAAAUAAUUUACUACCUUCACUCGAUCGAGAUUCUUAUCUCGGACAACCUACAAGAAAACCGUCAGACAAGUUCCACAGAAAUAUUUUCGAUACGAAAAUUUUCCGAGAUUCUGUGAACAUGUUUCCUAAAACUGAAGAUGACAAAGGCAGACGAUCGGGGAGACAAGAUAGAGGUCCUCCAACACCUACAACUUCAACAUUUGUCGGAUAUAACCAAGACGCUUGCAGUGGAAGAGAUAAUGAAGAUGCCAAUGGGGUUCAGAGGCAGACCUCUGUCCUUCCAGAUGACAAAUUCUCUGUGAGUAAAGAAGAAUCUAAACUUAUGAAUGCGUCGUCUUUUCAAGAACCGAGAAAGUGCAAAUGUAAAUGCAGUUGUGGAGAUUCUGGCUCGUCAGUGCCUGUCAAAGAACAAAACGACGGAAACGAACCUUUGCAAGCCAAAGAAGAAACUGAUGGCGUUGGUGAAAUGGUACAGAAAAAAGAGAUAAGAGAUUCAUCCCAAGACGCUCGUCCAAAAAUAGAAACAUCUGAGUAUGGUGACAUGUCAUCAAGAAAUAUAUUUGUCUCAGAAAGUCAUAGCAACUGCAAGGUGUCUCCGGUUAAACUAGAAUGCGCCUCUCCACCGCGGCAAGAAAAUGACGGUGGUCCAGUAGUUAGCGUCACUGGUCGAGGAGAUGCAGGUCGUGAAGGGCGAGGGAUCAAAGACGAGGUCCCCAGAGACACAGACCUAAUGGGGCUGGAUUACACUCAAGAAAGCUCUGCUGUACACACAGACGGAAAUUCUGACGUCUUGCGAAGCUCAGAAAAUGGCGUUGGUGUUGCUAGGAGCAACGGAGAGGAUGGGGGGAGUAGCGCUCCUGUAUCUGCUGACAUCCCCAUGUCUGUUAUGGAGCACGCUAAACUGUGGGCCUCUCAGCCCCCACAGUCGUUCCAGCCGGUGGUUAUUCGCAACACUUCAGACGAUAAUUUUAGCUUCAUGAUCCCGAGAAUGCCGGCGUUUGACGGGCCGGGGACGAUUAACAACCCCUUAAUCACUCCUAAUCUCACAAACUCUUUCCCUGGAAUGUUCAACAUGCAUCAAACGUCACUGAAUGUUGAGGAUAUUUUCCGUAAUCACCACAGCUCUUCUGCGGCGGUGCCCCCGACACUGUCUGGGAAUUCUCCGAGAGUGGGUGGUAUUGGUGAAUACGGCUCUCUUCCCUCUCAGAGCGAGUCUGCAGAGAAUUCAACAGGCUCUUCAGUGGAAAUACCGACAACCACGCUGGACACAGGAGUACCAACACCUCUUUUGGAUACAAAAACACCAACAACGCUUUUGGGUACAAAAGUAUCGACAAGUGUUUUGGAUACUUCGACAAGCACGCUGUCUACUUCACAUGACGCCUCUGUCUCCGUGAAAGAACAGUCCGGCACUAGCUCCGCCACCCCUCCCCACACAGCAGAGAUGUUCUCGAAGCCUCUGUCUAUCCAGAUCUCCGCCUCUCCGGCUAACUCUGACUACGGAUCCCCUCCAAACAUUACAUCGUGCUGCUCGUCCACCUCCCCGCGCUGCUGGCAGCACCACCACCCGACGUGCCAGCGACGUGGAAAUCAUACGCCUCUUUCGAGACCAGAUAGACCAUCGCCUUCUUCGGCGAGUCGAACCACUGACCUUCCAGAGCCAUUGCCCGGGGCUGCCGUGUCGAGUACUGAGAAUGCAUCUUUGACGAUACCCAAGAUAACUAUAAGUACCCCUUCUUCGCCGUCUGGUUCGUCACGAAGUGGUAACGUCACGCCUCUAACGGCCUCCCCAUCAACCUCGUGCUUCGUGAGUCCAAGCUUACCCAGGCAUCAGCACGGCAAAAAUCGUUCACGAUCUUCAUCGCCAUUCACAAAGGCACCGAAUAAUCUUCUCAGCCCGGUUUGUGGCUCGAAAAAGUACAACAGUGAACGCUCUGGUGCAGCUAAAACCACAACCAACUCGUCAUCACAAAACCAUAGCCCCAAACAGGGGAGAGAAUUCCCUCCUCGAGGAAGAUCCAACUCGAAUGUGACGUCGCACUAUUCUCCGAGUCUUGUUCGAAGCACUCGAGGAAUGCUUUCCCCUAGGAAAUCGCCGAGGAGGUGUCGGUACUGCGAGGAGACUGCCGAUAGCGAUGAUAGCGAGGCUACUCUAGUCUAUCCUCGAGCUGACAACAGGAAGACGCUUGGGGGUCGACGGACAUACUCGAGGCGGUCAUCCAUCGGCGUGGCGUCAACGUGCAUGAGUGAAGGGUCUUGUGCAGGGUCGUUGAAAAGCCCAGGAAGUUCUUUUCCUCCGGGGGGAGAAAAACAGAGCAGCAGCGGUGAGACGCAUAACUCUGGGGCAGCGUCAGCCCUGGAGAAACGAACAUCCGAAUUAUCGAUACUCGUGUCAGAUCUCAGAGAAAAUAUCUCCAAGACGAAAGCCAUGAAGAGAAGCAGAAGGACCAACUCCUUCUCGGGUGGAAAUAAACCCAAACUCUCAGAUCCGGAUAUCUGUGCCAGGCUCUCGACAAGACCAACCUUUGAACGGUUCAUGUCAAUCGAGCCUUCUAUGGAUAGCGACACGCCCUACGCUAGAAUAACACGUGACAUGGAGGAAGAUGAUCAUAAAGAAGGUUCCCAUGACAUGUACAUGAUUCGGUUUGCGUCUUCUUUGGAUUUGGUACCGAAAGGAAGCCUAGCCCGAUCCGGCAGUGUGUCUGACCACAGUCUAGCAGAAACCCGGAUUUAUGGUGCCGAGGAUCGGAUAUUCGGUACGGACGACCGGAUAACCGGUACCGAGGAUCAUAUUAACGGUUCUGAGUCUAAUCAAAAUAGACCAGGCAGCCAGUCUCCGGGGUCUGUCUGUACUAGCAAUGACGUCUCAGCCAAGGACUCCCAACAUCCGACAAGAGCAAAUGAAGAGUCUUCCAAAUCUGGUAAGGGAAGACAUGAUGAUCAGAACAAAGAAAGAAGAAACAACCCUGGAGAUCCGGACACAGCUGCGACACGUGAAAACGUCAGAGACAGUUGUGCUGCAAAACAAGCAUCAGAGGCGGAGGAAGAGGAAAACGAAACUGAUCCGCUGGUGGUGAUCGAGAACGCAGAAUCUGACGACGUCAUAGAGGGUCAAGAGGCUAUAAAUAAAGUGAGCGCGGGGCGGUAUAAACUCCCCACAGGAGUUAAACUCAGAUCGUGUAGGUCUGCGCUACAGGGAAAGCAUCGACUCAAGAUUUCUGUCAAUUCUUUAUUCUCACGUAAAGGAGGAGGGGGAGGAGGAAAAGGCAGUUCAUAUCACAACUACAACUACCACCACCACCACCACCAUCAUCAUCACCAUCACCUUCUGAGCCCGCACAAUCGGCCGAAGAAAUCAGCCGUGAGAAAAAGGAAAAAUGCGAAGCCUCCAAAAAAGCUGAAGAAAGGGCCAUCCCCUCCUUCCUCCUCAUUGUCCAUCCCAUGCACAACUGGCGAAGUGAAAGCGACUGAAAAUACACACAUGAGGAGGGAUGACUCUGAUGGGAAAAGGGAAGAAAGUCAAAAGCAGGAUAAUACAAGUGUUGUGAAUUCUGGGAAGGCUGCAGUUCGAACUCAUUAUGGUAAGAGGAAAAACAAAAGCCCUAACUUACGCCAGACGAAAAUCUCUGUGAGUAAUUCCAAGACUGGAACCGUAAAGAAGAACCGAGGCGAAGGAAACAGCGAAACGAAUAAAAGGAAGGACGGAGAAGAACGACGAAGGAAAAGCAGGG